ACACGCAUACACACCAUCUCUUGUAAGGUUCAGAGUUCAGAGUUCAGGUCCAUUCCAAAGUCUCAAUCAAUCCAUCUCUCUCUCGAUUGCUCCAUACUAUCUGUGACUGUGACUGUGAGCCUGCAUGAGUGACUGACCAUCGCAAGAAAAGAACAAGCUUUGUUAGAUUUGUAAGAAAAGAACAACUUGGUCAUUAGGUGAAGGGUGUUCUUGCUCUGUUCUUUCUCGGUUCUUCUGGUUGGAUCGCGUUGAGACCGAUCAGAACUCAGAACUGCGACAACAAUGGGAGGCACGAUGGAGUACCUGUCUGAUCUUCUCGGCGGCGGCGGCGGCGGCCGCCGGAGGUACAGGAAGAGGAAGCAGUUCCAGACAGUGGAGCUCAAGGUCCGGAUGGACUGCGACGGCUGCGAGCUCAAAGUCAGGAACGCCCUCUCCGGCAUGAAAGGGGUGCAGUCGGUGGAGAUAAACAGGAAGCAGUACAAGGUGACGGUGCAGGGGUUCGUGGAGCCGGGCAAGGUGGUGAAGCGGGUGCAGGCGACGGGGAAGAAGGCGGAGAUCUGGCCCUACGUGCCCUACAGCCUCGUCGCCCACCCCUACGCCGCGCCGGCCUACGACAAGAAGGCGCCGCCGGGCCACGUCCGCCGGGUCGACGCCGUCGUGCCCGUCGCCGCCGCCGCCGCGGCGGCGCAGGAGGAGCGCCUCACCACCAUGUUCAGCGACGAGAACCCCAACGCCUGCUCCAUCAUGUGAAAAUCACUAUCACUGUCAUCAACCUGUUCAUUAGUCAAGGUUAAUUAAGCUGCUUUUGGCUACUGUAACUGAAGAUUAAGGCAGUGUAAUCUUCAGGGUUCAGAUGUAUGUAUGUCUCUUGCAUGUGCAUUGGAAUCUUAGCCAUCAGUAGCUUUACUAUAGUUUAGGUUGGUAGAUUAGAUUUUUAUAUAUGUAUGCAUAUGUAUGUAUGGAGGUCUGUGCUGUUAUGAGACAAAUGGUUGAGUUGCAUGACAUAUAAUACAAGAUAUGUUUGUA